CGCAAACCCCGUACCGAAACAUCCCACAGAGUCAUCUCUACGCGACUGCGGGUACGACCUCCUUUAGAAAAUGUUCGAAACACGGGCAGAACCACUAUCACCAUCGUCUUCAUCCGAUUACGAACAAUAUUCGACCAAUAAAUUGACAGAUUUAACUAACUCCAACGAAAAAUUCUUGACGUCUUCACAUAAUCAUCACCAAAGUGCUUUUAACCCUUACUCCAACCAAGUUUCCGAGUCGCAGUACGCCCAAAACAUCAAGUUUUACGAAGAAUACAACAAACCUUAUCAGGCAGAGUUACGGAUUCAAGAACAAGCAGUAUAUUCAGACUCAAGAUACAUACAAUACCCUGAACAUUAUAUCAAAUCCGAACCCGACGACGAAGAUCAGCAUCAUCAAGUCCUGAAAACCAGGUCCUUCACAGGAAGGAAACGUAAAAUUCCGGACUCAGAAGACGAGAACUCCUUCAAACAAAAAGUUCGUCGAAAAUCGCCUCAAAGUUACGAAGACGUACAGAACCAGAGGAUCAUGGCGAACGUUCGCGAACGACAGCGAACACAAAGCUUAAACGAAGCUUUCGCAAGUUUGAGGAAGAGUAUUCCGACUUUGCCAUCGGAUAAAUUGUCGAAAAUUCAGACGCUGAAGCUGGCAGCGAGGUAUAUAGACUUCUUGUAUCACGUGUUGUCGACGUCUUCUCCUGAGAACCCGGGUGACAGUGAUGUGUUGGGGAAUGUUUGCUCGUAUACUGCUCACGAGAAGUUAUCGAGGGCGUUCAGUAUGUGGAGGAUGGAAGGACAUUGGAAUGCGCAGAUAUGACCAAGGGCGCCAACCACCCCAGAGAAAGCUAUGUGAUUAUUGAUUCAGAUAUGAUGAUGAAACUUCCAGAGUGCCAAUAGAAGAAGAAGAAACCAGCAAUGACUCGAGACACACACUUUAAAAGAAAAUAAUAUUCUUUCCUUGAAGAAAAAUAUUAAAGCAUUUAGUAUGAUGAUAACUACUAACUUUAAAUUUGGGAUUUGGGUAGAAUAUUGUAAAAAUUGGAUAAAAUUACUAAAUUUAUUCGUAGUAACAAUACAUAAGUCACAAAAAAUAUUGUAUUACAUUUUGUAAACUAUUCUGAAAACUUUAUAGCGAAGAUUUACUACAAGAAUUUAAUUCUUUUAUAUCUCAUUUCUUUACAUGAAAUGUUCUACCCUGUAUACGGUUAGUUUACUUAGUAGGAGGUAGUUUUUUACAUCCUUUCCAGUUGUGAUCUAUAUAGACGUAUAAACUAAAGUCGCCCAAGAAAAAAAAAUGGUGACGUUUUGUUGAGUUAUGUCGAAACCAAUGUGAAAAAAGGUCUUAAACAUGAUACUUUGAGAACGAUUUGAUGCAGCUGCUGUAAAAUUCUUUUUUAAUUUUUAUACUAUGUUAAUGACGAUUUUUUCUGUCUCUACAUCUCCCAUCUUCAGCUUUUCCAAGGCAUCUAGUAUUUCAUUUUUUUUAUAUUCCAAUAAUUAAAUACCAAAUGUUUUAGAUUAUGUAUUGUAUAGUUCGUAAGAUAUCGGUCUAUAUCUAUUAAUAGCAUUUGCCAUCCUUUGUUUAGCUUCAUUGAGAAUCUCGAAAUUAUCGAAAUAAAUUAGUGGUUUCAAUUAGUAUAUAGGUUUGUUCCUCUAAUUUCAAUGUAAGCAUUUAGAACGUCAAAAUUAGUGGUAUAGUAAUUUUCAAAUAGUAGAAAAAGGUAACAAACUUGUAACUUUUGCCACUAAUUAUACUUUAAAAUUUAUGAGUAAUAUCAUUUUAGCUUCAUUCAGAACCUCGCAAUUAGUGGAAUAAAUUAGUGGUUUGAAUUACACUUUAUACUUUUUAGUUUGCGGUCAUUCACAAUGUUAAAAAACAUAGUCAGUUGUUUCCAUAGAGAAAGCCUAAUAUUUAGUUUAUAAAACAAUCAACUUUUGAUUUCUAACCACAAUUUCUCUUGA